UUUUGGAGGGGGUUUGUUUUUGCAGGAAAUGCCGCUAAAAUCAAAAUCGCGUUUGUUGAAAGAUUGCGUUUGUUACAAAAACUAGAAAUUGCUCGUAUGAUAUUUGUAAGAGACUAAACGAAUAUUUGCACGAUGGGUGUGCACCAUCUGUGGUCCAUUCUGUCGCCAAUUCAGGAGUCGGUACCUCUGUACAGCCUCACAGGGAAAACUCUGGCGGUGGACCUGAGCCUAUGGGUCUGCGAAGCCCAGCACGUCCAAGCCAUGAUGGGAAAAGUCACCAAACCUCAUCUCCGUAAUCUGUUUUUUAGAGUAUCCUCCCUCACACUGAUGGGGGUUAAGCUUGUGUUUGUCAUGGAAGGAGAGGCCCCCAAAGUCAAAGCGGAGACCAUGAGCAAGAGGACAGACUUGAGAUUCGGAGGGUUAAAAAAAUCGGCCCCUAAAAAAAACACUACAAAGAGCAUCAACAGAGGGCGCUUCAAUGCUGUGCUGAGAGAGUGUGCAGAGAUGCUGGACUGUCUGGGAAUCCCCUGGGUGACAGCUGCUGGAGAGGCUGAAGCCAUGUGUGCCUUCCUGGAUGCCCAAGGCCUGGUGGACGGCUGCAUCACCAACGAUGGAGAUGCCUUCCUGUAUGGAGCGCGGACGGUCUACAGAAACUUCAACAUGAACACCAAGGACCCUCAGGUGAACUGUUACAGGACCUGUAGGGUGGAGACUGAGCUCCACCUGUCCAGGGAAACACUUGUGGGGCUGGCCAUCCUUCUGGGCUGUGAUUACAUUCCUAAGGGCAUACCAGGAGUUGGGAAAGAACAAGCUCUAAAACUCAUACAGACAUUAAAAGGACAAACACUUCUACAAAGAUUCAGCCAGUGGAGGGAGGAGGGGGUUGGUGUGCCAGAGGGGGUCGUAAAGAAGGUUCCUCACUGUCACCUGUGUCGCCAUCCUGGCUCAGCCAAGGCCCAUGAGCGCCGUGGCUGUGUAUUGUGCAACAGCACGCACUUCUGUGAGCCUCAGGACUAUGACUAUGAGUGUCCCUGUGACUGGCACCACUAUGAGCAGACCCGACAAGCCUCUUCAACAGAUGCCAACAUCAGAAAGAAAACACUGGAAAGUGAUCAUUUCCCUUUUACAGAGAUCAUAAAUGAGUUUCUGGUCAACAAAGAUAAGCUUGACCAUAAUUUCAAAAGGAGGAGACCAAACUUGCUGUUAAUGCAGAACUUUGCAUUUGAGAAGAUGGACUGGCCAAAGCACUACACCAGCGAGAAGGUUCUAGUCCUGAUGACUUACACCGAGCUGAUGAACAGAAAACAUGGAAGGGAGACAUCCUCACAGAUAACACCACUACGUAUAUGGAAGCCAAGGGUGAGGAACUCAGUCGUCUGCUUUGAAAUCAUCUGGAGAAAGCCAGAUCAUUAUGUGUUUCCUGAGGACCACCCCAAGGACAGCCAGGAUGAGGUUAGGACUGUGGAGGAAGAAGCUCUUUUCCGUCUGGCUUACCCAGAUGUGGUGGAACUGUACCUCAAGGAGAAGGCUGAAGCUGAGGAAAAUAAAACCAAGAAGAAGAAACCGAGGAGCAAGAAAGAGAAGCCCUCAGAUCCUUGUGAUGAUGGAGUUUCUGACCUUCUAGCCCAGAUGUCUUUGCACAGUUCCACUCCUGACAUUGAGGACCAGCAACCUUCUGGCAGGACUGCAGCACAGGCCACUAUAACCAUGAUGCCCACUAAUGAUUCAGUUGUGGUCCUGGAGGAUCCAAAGUCCCUAAAACAGCAUAUUGAUCCUGGUGCAGACCAUCCUCACUUAGAAGUAUGUCUUGGAGCUCAUGUACAGGAGAUGUUGUCAUCUCCUGGUUCCUCUGGCAGUAUUCCAAAUCCAGUGGUCUCCUCUCCAUCCAUUUCCAUGGUGAUGGACGCUCUUCAUCUGAGUGACAUUGACUGGGAGUCUCCGUCAUUUACCUCCUCCCCAUCCCCGCAGGCUUCUAGCGUUCACCCUGGGGCUAACCCGAAGUCAACGCCAAUUACAGAUGACAGUUUCAAAGAAAGAGUCCAAUCCUUGCAACAAGGGCCUUUUUCUGAACGCUGCCCGACGGAGGUCGUUCCAGGGUCGUGUUUUGCAGAGCACUCGCUUAGGGACAGGAUUCUAAUGAAAAACACCCAAACAUUUGUGAACAUAGCACACAAUGAUGUCUCCCAGUCACCACCUCUGGAAGCGGAUGAUUCUAACAACUGCGGCCCCAAACCAAUGGCACUGAUACCCAUUAAAAGCAGAAAGGACCCCAAGCCAUCCAAACAACCACUGGUGUGUGGUAAGAAAGCCCCACUUGUUGAUAAAUCCCGGAUCAUUGCAUUAACAUGUGAGCCACACCUAGCUCAACGCAGCUCAAAUGCUGUCUCUAUCAUCCCAACACAACAUGGCUCAGUUACUUCCACAAAACAAGCCUCAGUCACUCCAACACAACCCGCCUCAGUCACUCCAACACAACCCGCCUCAGUCACUCCAACACAACCUGUCUUAAUCACUUCAACUCGACCCGGCUCAGUCACAGCACAUAAUGCUGGUGAACCGAAGCCUUCACAAAAGUACAGAUUUGUGAAGAAUACAGUAGCCUCUUAUUCCGCUCUGCCACAAAGGACCCGAUCUGAACCUGCCUACACACAACCUGGUCCCGGUAACAGAAACGUGAAGUCACAUCAGGCAGCCAAGAAGAGUGUGUGCGCCCAUGUCUGUUCGUCGAGCGAGGACAGUGAGGCGGAGAACCGGCAGCGGGGAGCAGGGCGCCGAAGGGUCAAAGUCAAACCCAAAAGCAACUCCACAUACCACAAGCUCAAUGACUACUCACUGAAACCGACCGCCACUAAAAAGCCAGCAUGGGACACAGCAACAGCCUAUAUCCUCAGGCCUACAGUCUUGCAAACAACUGCUCAGCCCAUCAGGCCUAGAGCUGUAUCUGCCAGUGUGGGGCAACAACAGACACUAGGAAACUCUGUGUCAUCCAAGGGGAAAUGCCCGAAUGUCCAGCCAAUCACAGUUGAUAACAAUACUGUGUUUAUUCCAAGACCUGCAUCCCCAGCGCCUGUGUCCGAUGGCGACGACACUGAGACAUGCAGCAAUAGCCCACUGCCGUUGGUAGAGAGGUUAAGGCUGAAGUUCCUGAACUGAGGGAUGUGUUGUGAAG